AUGAAGUUCUCAGGUCUGGUGACCUUCAGACAGGUGGCUGUGUAUUUCUCCAAGGAAGAAUGGGCUCUGAUGGACCCAUGUCAGAGAGCCCUCUACAGGGAUGUCAUGCAGGAGAAUUAUGAAACACUGAUCUCACUGGGAUUUGUGACUCCUGAGCCUGACCUGAUCUCACAGCUAGAAGAAGGAGAGGUGUCAUGGGUCCUGGAUCUCCAGGGCUCUGAGAAAAGCGACAUGCUGACAGGAACUGCAUAG